AAAGCGGAAGUCUCGUUUGUCUAAAAAAACAUGGUGGCCCCCUCGUCAGCAACAUUGUGACUACGAACCAACGACGCAGCUUAUUAAGUGUAGUUAUAUGCAGUUAUUACUACACACACACUAAUGUGUAAUGGCUCUUCGAGUGUGCUGGCGUUCGUGCAGAGAUUGGACUGUGCUCUCUCGACGGCUUGUGGUGUUUUCUCGACAGGAACGUGCGUCAUCGCGCCUCAAAGGAAAUGGAACCUUUAACUGUGGAAGAAGUGACCCGUUUAGCUUCACUCCAGCCUGUUUUAUCACAUCAGAUGCAUUUGUAAGCACGUUGCUGAAAGGAAAUCCUGAAGUUGGAGAUUAUCGCCUUCCCGUCUCUGUUCCUUUAGACAACGGUGAACAAACUUCACUACUACAGAGACGUCCCGAUCAGCCGAUUAAUUCAAAGAUUUUAAAAGUGGCCAUAAUUGGUUCCCCGAAUGCUGGAAAAUCCACUUUGUCCAAUCAGCUUCUUGGCAGAAAGGUCUUUGCUGUGUCCAAGAAAGUACACACAACAAGAAAACGAUCCAUGGGUGUGCUAACAGAACAUGAUACACAGAUUAUCUUACUGGACACACCAGGCCUCACGACACGAUCGAAAGUUAAAAGGCACCAACUGGAGAAGUCUUUGCUUUUGGAUCCCUGGAGCACGGUGACGGAAGCUGACCUAAUGGUGGUCGUGGUUGACGUGUCAGACAAAUGGAUGUGCAAAAGCCUUGAUUUCCAGGUGCUCAAAUGCCUGGCACAGAACCCGGACAUUCCAGCAGUACUCGUCCUCAAUAAGGUAGACAAGGUGAAGAUGAAGGACAGGCUGCUUGCCAUCACAGGCGAGCUCACAUGCGGAGUCGUGAAUGGCCGCCAGCUACGCGUCAGACCGCUAAUUAAGCCCCCGGGGGCUGAGAAGAGGCUAAAGCAGGAUUCCGUUGCGUUUAAGGACGACGACCCUUCAAAGCUUGAAGACGCUGAUGAUGGGGACAAUACUGUGCUGGACAAAGACAGGCUGAAGACUCUGAGGAACCAGAAGGGCUGGGGUGGCUUUAAGGAUGUCUUCAUGCUCUCGUCUUUGGAUAAAGAGGAUGUGGAGACACUAAAGAGUUACUUAAUGGUUGCAGCCAAGGGUGGAUCUUGGCAGUACCACAGCAAGGUUCUGACAGAUCAGAGUCCAGUGGAACUGUGCACCGACACAAUCAGAGAGAAGCUUCUUGAACAUCUACCCCAGGAGGUGCCAUAUUUAAUUACACAGGAUGUUGAGCUGUGGGAAGAGGAUGAAAACGGACUGAACGUUUCAGUGAAAAUUCUCACUCAGAAAGAAAGCCAUUUCAGGAUGGCGAUUGGCACUGGAGGCCAGGUGAUAGCACGUAUCGCCCAGGAGAGUAGUGAGCAGCUCACACACAUUUUCCUAAAAGAGGUCAAACUGAGGCUCUCGGUCAAGAUGAAGAAGUGAUGGAAGAGGAUGAGAUGACUGAAAGUAACAUUUUCUGUAGGACUGUGAGUGACAGAAAAAUGUUGACACAAGGCAACGCGCUUUGUGGAUCACUUUAUGACAGAGUGUUCCAAUAAAACAACGAUGAUGCUC